AUGGAAUUGAAAUCUGUAUUUGCCUAUACCAAAAUUAAUGCUGUUCCUAAGUUAUUUCCUAAUACUUUUUUACUACUUUUCCUCUCCCCAUCUUCUCUAAAUUCUUCAGAGUCAGAGAUGUUAGAUGGCUUAUUUGGUGAGAUGAACAGCUUUGAGGAUACAUUCAACAUGCCUGCAAAGUCCGAUGGAACUCUGCUGAUGCCACAGGCUCUGGAUGCAGUAAAGACGUGUGAGAUAAACACAGAUAGAGCCCAAGGAAAGGGGGAUGUUCCUUCUGAGCAGUGUAAUAGAGGAAAGGCUGGCAUUUCACAGGAAGUGAAAACAACUGGCGGGACUGAAAAGAGCUGCUCUAUUGACAUGAAGGGUUCUUUAGUCCGAAACACAGAUGAAGAUACAGGGCGUGGUAAAGACGGCUGUUUAAUAGGUAACAAACAGGAGUUGGAGUCACUCAGGAUGGCAGGAGAUGUGCAAGAUUAUAGAACACACGAGUCAUCUGAGAAUGAGAAGCCUGUGAAAGAAGAUGCGCUGUUUUCAUCAAGCCAGUGGUCUCAACUGAACUUAUCUGAUCUUGAUGUCACUCUCUUGGAGAUGUCUGGAUGUAGCUCUCCACCCUCUGACUUAGGUAGAGAGACAAAUUUAGAAAAGUCAGUGCUAAUGACGAAGGAUGAUGUGGUGGAAACAACUUUACUGAAUGCUUCAGGCUUGGUAAAAGCACAGAAGCUCUUGAGCAUCAAUUUGUCAGAAAAGUGCUAUGAAGUGAAAAAUUCUGAAAGCAGCCCAACAUUGGAAAUAACUCCAGUGAAAUCUGUGUCGCUGAGUGUUCAAAAUCCAAAGUCAGUAAAAGGAUGUGCAGCUGAGGUUUCCAAAAUGAGCUUCUUCAACUGUAAUUCUUUUUUAAUUGAAAGUACGGAUGUCACGGAGUAUUCUCUAGUCUACAGUGGCAGCUUUUCCAAGCAUUUAAAUGCGACUUCUAAAUCUGUCAUAACUGACGUUCUGUCUCACCCGCUUGUGUGUGGCGCUGCAUCUCCAGCUAAUUGCAGUGACCUACAUUUAAUAAGGAGCGAAAAUACUCUUGCAGAGUCUGGCUUUAAAAACCUGAAUAUGAUAUCCAGCUUGAGAAGGAGAUCCAAGAGAUUCAUUUAUACAAUAAAUAAUACUUUACUGUAUCAAGAAGAAAAAAUACAGAAGGAAGUAACCUCUGAAUCACCUAUUCAUCCUGUAUUACCACAUUCAGAAUCUGAUUUGUAUGAAUUUAAAGGUUGUCAAGUGGCCAGUGUUGAUGAGCAAGACUGCUUGCCGCUUGCUGAGAGAAAGCGUUUGCAAUCAGAUAUCAACGAAAAUAAUUUCAGCACUUGUACUUUAAAAAUGGAUAUAAUGGAUAAGUCAUCUGAUAAUUCCUUCAGCAAUAGGCUGAAGCAGGAAGACCUAAGAGACCCGGGGAAAAAUGCAAUAGCAGAUCAACCUACAUCAUUAAAAUGCAUAGAAUUAUCUAAUACACAGAAAGAAGACACAACAGAUUGUUUAAAUAGCGAAAUAAUUUCAACUAUAAAACGUAAAGUUCUGGCUUCAGCAUGCCUCAUGGCAAGAAGGCGUUCCAGAUUGUUCCCUAAAGGCUGUCACUUAGAGAAAGGUGAGGAAGAUAAGUAUGUGAGUGCGAAUGUGAAUGAUGGAACUACUGUACCUCACAGCCCGAAAGAAGAACUCGCAUGGUCGUCUCCUAGACAUAACGAACACUCAAUUGAUAGGCACCGUGACGCUACGUCUGCAGGAAACAGCGGUUUCUGUAAUACUUCUGGUCAGAUCAACUUUGGUGUAAACAAAGUCAGUAGUGAUUGCUGCAAUAAAAUGCCAACUGAUAACAGGUGGGCUACAGACCAGUCGUUGGUAGGUGACUGUAGAGAAGUACUUGGACCUUUGGGCAUAAACUGCUCAGAAAAUGAUAGUACUGGAUUAAAACAAGGGGAGGAAGCAGAUGCAGCUGCCUCUUCAGAAGUUAUAGCCAACAAUGAAGAGCCAAAGUCAGUUGAAAACAAUGAAAGCCCUCAAGCAGCUGCUUUCAGUAAUGUAGCUGCAGAGAUUGCUAAAGAAUUGUUAGAUUGUCUAGAUGAUAAAUCAUUAAAUGAAGUAAUUUCUGCAGAAGAUAAACAAGCAGCACCUAUGUAUUCCAGCAGAGAGCCAAAUGAGAACCCAAAGUACAAAGGGAAGUCCUCAGGAAAUCUUAACCCAUGCCAUUUAAAUCUGGGCUUUGGUGGCUUCCAAACUGCUUCCAAUAAGCAGAUUAAAUUCUCUGAAGUCAGUAUAGCAAAAGGCAAAAUGCUCUUCAAAGAUAUUGAAAAUGAAUGCUUUGAAGCCUAUUCCAUGGAAAGAGUCAGAAACUUUUCCCAAGUUAAAAAGGAAAAUGCAGUUAUCUCGGAUUCAGAAAGCAAAUUGGGCUGUAAUUUAUCUGAUUCGUUAGAUUCACAGACAAGUUUUCUUCAGCCCAGGCAUACACGGUUUAUUCCACAUAAAGUUGGCUUGUGUAAAAGCUUUCCUGGAAGCCCACAGUCCUUGCAAGAAACAAAUCAAACCUUGACAGCAAGCCAAGAAGCUGAAAUUGCUGAACUUUCUAGUAUCCUGGAAGAAACAGGUAGUCAGUUUGAGUUCACACAGUUUAGAAAGCAGAGUAACAUGAUACAAAGUCAUGCCUUUCAGCAAUUCAGAACUGUAGAAACACAUGGAAAAAAGAAUGUGGAAGAUAUUUCUGAAACAAGGAGAGAUGCUGAUUUUUGUAGCACUUUCAAAUCUGAGAAUCCAGUAAAAAAUGACAAGUAUUACACUCAGGAGGAAGACACAAGUGAAGACACUGAAGUGGUGGAAUGCAAAAAAGGAAAUGCAGUGGUUUUCCCUAAAAAUGACAAAAAGGUUACUUUUACUAACUCCCACAGAAAUGAAAGUGGAAUAUCCGAGGAUAGCUUUCCAGUAGCUCAACAGGACAGAUUUUCCAAUUUUGUAGGCUUUACUUCAGCUGGAGGUAAAAAAAUAAAUAUUUCAAAAGCUGCUUUGAACAGAUCUGCAGAGCUCUUCAGGGACUUGGAUGAUGAUAACUAUUUGUUUAAAUCUUCAAAACCUAGUACUAGAUGUCAGAAUUCAGAUGGGCAUAUGUCUUCUAACUGUAAUCUUGUCAGAGGCCUGGCAAAAGAAAACAAAGGAAAACCAGUUUGUUCGGAUUUCAGAAGCAUAAAUGCAGUUUCCUACCAUGCACAGAAAGAAGAGGAAAAUGUUACUACACUGUCUAAGGAAAAUAUGGGAAAUCAGACAAGAAGAUCAAUAAAUGAUACUGAAAAUGUGAAUUUGAAUAGUACUAAUACUGCCAUCAACAGUCUGUCUCCCAUUAAAAACCAUAACCAGGAUCAGAAAGCUUCCAAAGCAUUUUUGAAUAGAGGAGAUUGCCAAGUUGAAGGUAGUUUGCAAGAAGACUCAUUAGAUGGGACAUGUCUAGGAGAUGCUAUUACAACUGCAGAAGGACAUGGUUUAUCAGCAGAAAUGGAAAACCUGUCUCCUUAUCAGGAAGGAGAAGACAGAAAGCAGGGAAAUGAAGACUUGUCACAAAAAUUUCAAACUCCAGCUGGUGGGGCAAUAGCCAUUUCUGAUGCAGCUUUGGAUGAUUCUCUACCCUUGCUCAGUGUGCAGUGUGGAAAAAGAGAUACAAAUAUCUUGGAGAACUCUGAUAAACAAAAGACAAGUAGUAAAAAUAUGGAAGGAGAAGACCCCACCCAUGAUAAGAUCCUGUUAGUGAAUGAAAGUAGGAUAAAAUUAGGUUCUUACCGUUGUCGUCAUCAAAUACCUUUCAAGCAAGGGGUGGAAGUUGAAAAAAAUGAAGUGAAGGGGAGUUACCUGUCUGUUUUUUGUACUGCUAGUGGCAAGCAGAUAACAAUUACUGAUGGAUAUUUGGCUAAAGCUGAACAGUUUUUUGCAGAAAGUGAUGAUUUAGGAAAAGAACAUAAUGGCAGUUUUGAGAAGCCCUUAAAGGAAAGGAAAUAUCCUAAGAACUGUGUCAAAGACUGUGACUUGUGUAUUGAAAACAUUGCUCAAACUGACCCAGAAAAACUUAAUUAUAAUAAAAAGCUUGUUCCUGAAGAACCAGGAGAUCAGUGUAAGCAGGCAGUAGAGGGCAGUCCCAUUAAACACGGUGUGAUUCUUGAUACUGCUGAAGCAGACACAUUUGUUGAUCGAGGUGAAGACUGUGAAAGAAGUUUGGUAACUUCAUACGCACAUAAGGCUGACGUGAGACCUGGAAAUGCAGAGUUAGAAUUCCUUCCCAGGCAGGAGAGGGAUUUAAGCAGAACUUUUUCGUCUGAAGAUGGAAAAGCGUUUGCAGAGAGAGAGAUGGAAUAUUCAGCAAAAGAGAGGGAUGAUUUGGAAAACAUGCAUGACUUCCCUGAGCACUCUGCUGCAUCUUUGCAUUUAAUGAAGGUAUCAAAUGACCUUGAAGAUAAUUCUGUGCCUGGAGACACAAAAAAUACUUUAUUUGGUGAGGAUAGUAACAAUAAAUCUAAUGAAUCCCUCCUCUUAACUUCAAAAAUGAGCUCUUUUCAUUUGAACCGUGACAGUAAGGAAUUUGACUUGGAACAUUUAAGUGACCCUUGUGCUGAUACAAACACAGACACCAUAGUUAGUGCUUGCCAAAACCAGUCACUAGUCAGCCUUCCUAAAGAUGAAACCAAUUUAACCAGCUUAAAGGAAACUACACUUGAGGCUGAAAAUCCAAAGGGUGAUCUGAAACAAACGGUGUUUAGUACAGCAAAAGGUAAAGCAGUUCCUGUUUCGGAAAGUGCAUUAGCAAGAGUCAGAGAAAUGUUUUGGGAAGAUUACAGUGAACCUGUAAAAAAUGUAAUUGAGACUAACUCAAGAACGAAUCAAACAGGAAUUGCUGGAAAUUCAUCUUCCAUCAUUCAUACCGAGUGUCCUAAUUCUGCUGAGUUUUUGAAUCCUACAAGAAACGAAGAGAUUGAUUUGGCCACAUCCCAUUGUACUGAAGUAAAUGAGAGUGCUAGUGAAAAUGGUCACCGAGAUACAAACACGUUUGCACACACAAAGUCUGUUUCAAAUUCUCAGAGGCGAUGCUUUCAGCAGAAUAUUCAGCCUCUGGGGCAUUUGCCUGUUCCAGAUAAGCAGAUAAAGCAGUCGGAUUCUUCCAUAAGCAAUCUUGGAUUUUUUAGUACAGCAAGCGGUAAGCCUGUACAACUAUCUGAAGAGUCGCUCAGGAAAGCUAGACAGCUCUUUUCUGAAAUGGAAGGUAAUCGCUCAUCACAUGCAGAAGGAGCAUAUUUACUCGAGGAAGAUGUUGAAAAAUCUGAGUUGCACACUGAAAUAGUUCCUGGGAAAAUGCAGAUAGCAUUACCAAAAGGGGAAGAAAAUGCCAGCACUGUAUUGAUCUCAGAUCCAUCUUUUGGGUUCAGCACUGCAAGUGGAAAGCAGGUAGCAGUUUCUGAAAGUGCCUAUCAAAAAGCAAAGGCAAUUUUAAAAGAAUCUGACUUUUUAAGCAGUGGGCUUUGCAUUACAGAUCAACUUAGUUCAGUUAAAGACAGUGGACAACCUGUAAAUUCUCUGACUGGUAAAGUUUUCUUGGAAUCCAAAACAGACAAAAGCUGCAGUGAAGGCUUCCACUUAAAAAGUGUCUGCCCUGAGGAAGUGAAGUCUUUACCAAGCACUCACCGUGUCAAAAUGCCUGAGUACGUACCACAUAGUAAAAAACCCACGCAUUCAACGUUAUUGAAAGAUAGUUUGCAGCGAGAGGAGACUGGCUUUUUUGGAAAAGGGCAGCUGAACCUGGGGGUGAAAGCAGAGUCCGAAGAAGUUUCAUGCAGUGCUGCUGCUAAAGCAGAAAUUAAUCUCAAUUUCCCCCAAACUCCAAAAAAUUACUUGGAACUGGAGGCUGUGGAAAGUGCAAGAGCUUUUAUGGAAGACGAUCUUUCCAGUUCUGGAGUACAAAUUAAUGCUGCACAGCUCUUCAGUGGCAGACUGGAUAAAAACUUUCAAAAUAAAUCCUUUGGGAAGAGACCCUUGGAAGAGAAAACCUCACGUGGAGAACCUCCAAUUAAAAGACAGUUACUGCUUGAAUUUAACAGAACAAAGAGUCCGCCCAGAUCUUUGAAAGCUUCAAAAAGCACCCCUGAUGGUAUUUUCAAAGACAGAAGAAAAUUUAUGUACCAUGUUCCUUUAAAACCUGUAACUUGUCAACCUUUUGGGGCUUCUAAAGAACGACAAGAAGUCAAGAAUCCCACCCUUACUCUACCAGACCAGGACUUCAAAGGAUUCAAAUCUAAACCUGCCCUUUUUCAGCACUGUGCUCUAAGGCGGUCUUCAAACGGUACUUCAGAGCUUUCUACUCCCUGUAAGGCCUCGGCAAAAGACAGUGAAGAAACAAGAAGCUUGUACAAAUCUGGAAAAGCUGUUAAAACUUUUAUUCCACCCUUCAAAACCAAGCAGACCUUUUCUACCGGUGAACAAGGCAGCGUUAAACGAUGCAACUCGCCAGUUGGCAAAAAUCUGACCAAAGAGAUGGAAGAUCAGGUCACAGCUGAACAAACUAUGGCUGAACCUCAGGAUCACCAGUCUUGCAUCCAGCACGCAGCAGACACUGACCCAGAAAAUGGUAAUUUAGCUAUGGUCAAGAUGAUGACAAAUCUCCGCUGUGCCAGAGAUCUGCAGGAAAUGAGAAUUAAAAAGAAAUAUAGGCAAAAUAUUAGCUCACAGCCAGGCAGUCUUUAUGUCAUUAAAACAUCUGCGAGAAAUAGAAUCUCUCUGAGAAGUGCAGUAGAAGAGAAAUCUCCUGGUUUUUAUUCUACGGAAGAGCUUUACACGUUCGGUGUUUCUACACGUUGCAUUCAAGUUAACAGCACAAAUGCAGAAUCUUUCCAGUUUCUCGUCCAGGACUACUUCAGUAAGGAGUAUUUAUUAGCUGGAAAUGGGAUGCAGCUUGCUGAUGGAGGAUGGCUAAUACCUACAGAUGAAGGAAAAGCUGGAAAGAAGGAGUUUUACAGAGCCCUCUGUGACACUCCUGGUGUGGAUCCCAAGCUCAUAACAGAGGCCUGGGUUUACAAUCACUACAGGUGGAUUGUAUGGAAAUUGGCAGGCAUGGAAGUGUCUUUUCCACACGAGUUUGCUAACAGAUGUUUGACACCAGAAACAGUGCUGUUACAGUUGAAAUAUAGGUACGAUUUGGAAAUCGAUAAAAGUAAACGAUCAGCAAUCAAAAAAAUAACAGAGAGAGAUGAUGCGGCAGGUAAAACACUUGUGCUGUGUAUUUCAAAAAUCAUAUUGCUAAACACCGUUGUAUCUCCUAGCAGUAGCAAUAAGAAUGUGGAAAGUAUCAACACAGCAGCAAUAAUUGAAGUUACUGAUGGCUGGUAUGGGAUUAGAGCCCUUCUGGAUCCACCUCUCAAAGCUUUCUUGCAUAGAAGAAGGCUGACUGUUGGUCAGAAGAUCAUAGUGCACGGAGCAGAACUUGUUGGCUCUCAGAAUGGAUGUACGCCACUGGAAGCUCCGGAUUCCCUUAUGUUAAAG